GAGAGAGAGAGAGGGAGCGUUUGCAGGCAAUGUAAUUGACAAGGCUUGCAGUGGUGAAAUAAACACGCUUCAGCCCAGGCUCAGCUCUUUUUUUUUUUUUUUUUUUUUUAAUUAUUGCACAAUUGUGACUCUUUUGACGCAUCGCUCGCAUACCCGCGUGGAGCUGAUUUCAAUUACCUUUAGCCGAUUUUUAAUAAAUCCGUGUGAAAUUAUGUCCCGAUCGGCGCAGAUCCAGCCGGCAAGAUGAUGAUUUUACCAAGGAGAGGCUUAGAUCGCGUAGCCGACUCGGUGGUCCUGGUGAUCUUGGUGGUCGCCGCUUCUCUUGGUUCCGUUUUCGCCAAGGAUACUGCUUUUGUGGAAGUGGUUCUGUUCGAGUCCAGUCCAAAUGGAGACUAUACAACUUACACGACUGGCUUACAAGGACGGUUCUCCAAAGCAGGAGCCACUAUCAGCGCGGAGGGGGAGAUCGUUCAAAUGCAUCCUUUGGGACUAUGUAACAAUAAUGAUGAAGAGGACCUGUAUGAGUAUGGCUGGGUCGGAGUGGUAAAGCUGGAGCAACCAGAGCUAGACCCCAGUUGUCUCACUGUGCUCGGAAAGGCGAAGAGAGCAGUGCAGAGGGGAGCCACGGCCGUCAUCUUUGAUGUGUCAGAGAAUCCGGAUGCCAUCGACCAGCUCAAUCAGGUUUCGGAGGAUCCCCUGAAGCGGCCGGUGGUGUACGUGAAGGGCAACGACGCUGUGAAGUUGAUGAACAUCGUCAACAAGCAGAAAGUGGCUCGCGCUCGGAUACAACACAGACCACCGAGGCAGCCCACAGAAUAUUUCGACAUGGGCAUCUUCCUGGCUUUCUUCGUGGUUGUGUCGCUGGUUUGCCUCAUCCUGCUCAUCAAGAUCAAACUGAAGCAAAGGAGGAGCCAGAGUUCCAUGAACAGAAUGGCCAUCCAGGCCCUGGAAAAGAUGGAGACUCGCAAGUUCAAGGCCAAAGGAAAGGGCCAGCGUGAGAGCAGCUGUGGGGCGUCCGAUUCCCUGAGCAGCAGCUCCACGUCAGACUGCGCCAUCUGUCUGGAGAAGUACAUCGAUGGAGAGGAGCUGCGGGUGAUCCCAUGUGCACACAGGUUUCAUAAGAAAUGUGUCGACCCAUGGCUUCUCCAGCAUCACACCUGUCCUCACUGCAGGCACAACAUCAUUGAGCAAAAGAAGGGUAAUCCAGGACCAGGAUGCAUGGAUCCAGGCAACCCGGUCCACAGUCGGCAGCAGAGGGUGGUGCUGCCUGUCCAUUAUCCCGGCAGAGUGCACCGUGCUGGCCAGGUGACCGCCUUCCCAACCAGAACCAGCAUGGACCCCCACGGCAACCCCAUCACCGUGCUCACCGUGGACCAGCACCCAGAUCCUCAAGGUCUCUACCCACCCCAGUCAACGUCUGCUUUCCUUCGGAGCUACCACCCCACGCUCCAUUUGGACCACUCGCUCAACCCCCACCACUGUGGAUUAGAGCACCGUGGACCCCCUGCAUACCCAGCACAGCCCCAUCACGCCGCUUUUAAACGACCCAAAUUCCACGGGCGCAGUUUCUCUCGAGCGGCGUGCUUCUCACAGUACGAGACUAUGUACCAGCACUACUAUUUUCAGGGGUUGACUUUCCCUCAGCAGGAGGGGGCCCAAGGGCCUGCGAUGGCUGGGCAGCUCGGUGGAGGAGGGGCCCACAAGGGACACCACAGCAGGGCCUUUCAGCAGGGGCUCUUAUAUCCCACUGUGGUACACAUGGCGCCUGCUUCGUCUUCGAGGAUAGGUGAGACUGGGAGCACUUCUGGCCUCAGCUGUUACCACGGACACCGUUCCGUGUGCAGCGGUUAUCUGGCUGACUGUCCUGGUAGCGACAGUAGCAGCAGCAGCUCGGGCCAAUGCCACUGCUCCUCCAGCGACUCCAUGUUGGACUGUACUGAGGUCAGCAACCAGGGAGUGUAUGGAAGCUGCUCUACGUUCCGCAGCUCAUUGAGCAGCGACUACGAUCCGUAUGUGUACAGAAGUAAGAGUCCGUGUAGGGGCUUAGCGGGGGAAUCGGGGAGUGCGGCUUGUACCACAGUUCCUACCGAGGACUCGUCAUCCCCUGUUCCCACGGGACAUGACUGCCUCCAGCUCCCUCCGGGGGCUUCAGGAUACAGCUCGGGGGACCACCUCUCCAACUGCAGCUUGGAGCCCAACUACAGCAGUCGCUCAUCACUGGAACCCAGGGAGAACAACAACACUAGCACUACCUCAGCCGGAGCUUCAGAGGCUGCCGGGGCAGACAGGGGAAAGGGGGCGCAGGAGGAACUGGGGGAGCUCGGGGCCGCGGCCUGUAGCUGCUGCUUCGAGGUGCUUCCUCCUAAUGUGGAGUGCAAAGGGCAGGACUCGGACCAAGCUGGGCCUCUAGGCUCAGGACGCUGUCACAGGGCAGGAGUGGAGUAUCAGAGCUCCAGCUCCAAGAACUACUUUGCAGAGCACAUGUGCCCUUCCUCAGCAGAGCAGGUGAGCUACGAAGGGCUGCCCUGCUGUUUCUACAAGGAGAUGAAGGUCCACAGGGCCACUGCGGGGCACUACACAGAGGACUACGCUGUCAAUGUGCAGUAUGCACAUGCAGACUCAGAUACCUGCUCUGGACAAGGGGGCUGCUGUGAACUCAACCAGAGAAUACCCAUAAUUCCCGAGGACACAGAUUGUGAAUUGGGCACAGUGGCUGAGACCCAAAGCAGCUUACUGCCAGCCAGUGUCUCAAUGGAGGCAGAGGUGUGGACAGGGGAGCGGCAUGAGCCCAGGGAGGGGUACUACACUUCAGGACAAUUCAGGGCUCAGCCUUACCCUCAGGAGGAAGAAACCAGGGCUUUGUUCCACCCUCAGCUCUCUGUGAGCCCUAAUGCACUGGGAAGCAGUACUCCAACCAGUGAUGGAGGUCUGGGGGUAUGAACCCAGAGAGAAGGGACUCAGACAGAAGUAUAUAUUUGGUACCGUGUCAGUCAGUCAAUCAUUGAAACCCUUAGUUGCCUUGUUCUAACUUUGCUCUCUGAGCUUUGAAUGUUUUCAUCUUAGAUUGUGUGGAUUUCUACUGAAUGGCCUGUCAUUUCUACAUAUACAGUGUAUCAGAUCAUUCCUGUGGCCAUGAACGUCUCAACACCAAACUAUCGCAUGUCACCCUAGUGCUCAGUAUAAUAAUGGAUGGAUGUUAUCUAACAGUAGAGUGGUAAUGGCAUCUGUUUGUUACCAUCAGGGUUAGUGACAGUCAUCAGGCCCAGUCCUCGUGAGAUUUUAUAGACAACCAUCUUUUAAGAAAGAGCUAGAAAUCUGAGAUUUUUUUUUAAAUUUUGAAAGUACACUCAAUUCAUAAGCAUCUGUAUCUACAUGUAUACAUUCUGUAUAUGUGCGCACAUGAACACUGACUGCCUGUAAAGCUUCAACCACAAACUCAAAAUAGGUUCUAUGGACAUAGCUAUACCAAAACAGAAAGACAGUUGUUUUUUUUUUUUUUUUACUUUCUUUUUCAAAGCGCAGGGAAAUGGGUCUUUCUGAGUGUCUGUGACCCACACAUUUCUCUGAGGAGAAGAAGCUAUAAAAUAUAGAAAAAUGCAUAGAAAUGUGAAUGCAAGGCUGACACUGGUCUCUAUUCAAUAUGAUACAGAAUUUGUUAUAUGCAUUGCAUUUCUGUCCAGUAGUGGCCUACCUGUAUGAGAUGUGCCAGAGCAACAUGAAAGCCUUACGCUGGUAAGCUAUUUGUAGCAAUAUCGAAAGACACUUGCACUGCUUUUGGUCAAAUUCAAGACCAGAGUGAGUGUCUUGGGGUCAGUAGAUAUUUUUUAGAGUGCUAAUUGAAGCACUUUUGGAAGCCCUUAAGUGUAUUUUUGUUGUCACUUACCCAAUUUCCUCCAUGAGGCAUGCUCUACAGUUCUUAAGGUUCUAGUAUGUAUCAAAAGGCCAAAGGAAAGUAGCUGGAAAAGACUCAUAUUUCACAAGGGUUCCUUAUUGUACUGUGACUUUUUUAACGAUGCAGUCAUACAUACCAGUGUAUCUGAAUCAUAUUGUGCUGUGCAAAACACAUACUCGCAAUGUCAAUGCUUUGUCAUUCAUGCCUUUCUGUUUGUCCUGCAGACUGUUUUUAUACUGUUUCUAUGAAAUAUACACAUUCUCUACACAGAGGAAAACCUUCUGAAAUAACCCUAUUUAUAAGUUAACCCAGUGCUGUAAUCAAGUGAGAAAUCUAAUCUUGCCUUUUGCAUAGAGAUAUGUACCUACUGCAAAUAUAACAUUUUUGGGGUACUUGAGUCACUAUUUAAUUUUUUGUUAUUGUUUCUAGCACUUAAGAUUAAAAUGUGUACAAAAAUUAAUAUUUUUUAAUUUUUUAAGAAUAUAAUUAUUUUCUGUCAUUACCAUUACAAAUGUUUAAAAGGCUAGAAAUCAAUCUGUGUAUAUUUCUGUACCUGUAUAGCAACACAUUUCAUAAAUGGAAAUAUGUUCUCUGAAUAUUUAUUUACUAAUAUAUUUAUCUUUAAGCCAUGUCUUAUGUUCAGAGUGUAUGAACGUUUGAGUUAUUUGGUUGCUUUUUAUUUUGAGAAAAAUCACUAACAUGAGACUUUGUAUAUACAUGGUAAUUGCACACAAGACGAUUAAAUCUUCUCUGACCAAAAAACUGAUUUUAAAAUUUUAGUACCAUACAGUUUUGUAAUCAAAGUGUACAAAGAUCUGUAAAAUAUACAGUUUUAUUCAAGUAA